AUGCCUAGUUACGACAGCUUUCUUAACGACCGGUGCAUAUGGCAGUGUUAUUUUGAUAACACGCCGAUAAAGGAGCAAUUCUGCAAAUGGAAACGAUAUGGUAUUAAAGCUAGGAGUCGUUUAAAGCUCAACCAUGACCAAGGGGAGAACAUUUGUACCAACGAAGGAUAGAGAAGGGAAUUGGUUUCAAACCAGAGGAUGGCCUAGAACUUUCCCCGUACCAGCGCCCAAACAAACCAUUUCCGCAACAACGCUACCAUGUCCAAGAAAGUUUGAAGAAAAAGCAGAGACUCCAUAUCGAAAUUUCCGGUUUUCCAAGCACGACAACAGACACACAUUACAGGAUCACGGCGUUUAUUUUGGGAAUGGGCUUGGUAAAAAGAAAACCCCUGAGAAGUCACAGCAUUACUCAAACAAUAUGAUAACCUGGAGUAUGAAUAAUAACAAUCAGUCCAACUACAUGACAUCAUUCAGAGGCCAAAGUGCAGAUGGAGCUACUAGUAGGAGAUUCCCAAGAAUACAUCCAGAGCCAAAGCCGGGCACAGCACCUCUUCAGACAUCGACAACCAACUGGUUUAUGCCACCACAAGUUCCGUACCGGACACCAUUAAAUGUUCUAGCAAUUACACAGGAACCAUUACUACCUUCAAACAGUUGGACCUACUCUUAUAGGCCAAUCUGGUCAUAACGUGUUUAUAACCGAACUAUCUGGUUUUAAUCGGGUCUAUCUGCUACCAUAAGCAGUUUGUAUAAGGACCAUGCAUUCUGAUAGUUUGCAAAUUUUGCAAGAAGAAGGGACACAACCCUAGUUUGGCAUUUGCACAAACGCAUCGGCGUGAAUGUUGUUUUAUUUAUUUUCUUAAGAAUUAAUUGCUUAUACAGUAUUUUUUUUUCAAAUAAUUAAUUUCUAGUGGUAAGAUGGGCAUUUUCUAAGAGUCUGAUUCCGUGUUAAUAUUCAAGGAUGUUAGAUAAACUGUGAGUUUCUCUAAAAACUCAGCUACACUUCAAAAGGCAAAACAUGUAUCUACAAAAUACAUUUCUUCUGUGUACGACAAGAAAUUAGCAGUUUUACCCAGGAUCUUUCUUUGGGGGUGUGAAAUCCGAAGAAGUGGACCUUAUUUUUUCGAGGUGGGGGGGGGGGGGAGUGGAGGGAGUUCUCUGAUAAAAAUCUGACCAUCCGCGAAAACAAAAAGGGAUUUUUUUAUGCUUUUAAAUCCAUGGGAUGUCUAUUGUCGGAUUUGACUAAAUACCAGAGUGAUCUAGCUUUCGUUUUAUAGUUUUGUAUUCAAAUAGCACGUCUAUUGAAAAACGAAAGUCGGCCGUUGUCUGGGGGGGUGCGUUCGCACUCCCUGCACCCCCCUGUGUACGGGUCUGUAUAUUAAUUUAUUAUAACUAUAUAAUAAGUAAUACCUAUAUAUAAAAAAUGCCCGUUUGAGUGCUCGUGCUACUAUUAAAAGAAAAUCACAUUUA